AUGUGGCAGCGAGCUGUCCUUGUGUCUCAGCCUACUCAUCCAGACCUUUAUGACCACGACACGCGACAAAGGAUCUGCAACGUUUGCAAGACGGAAUUCACUUGCCAUCCGCCAACACGGGCCGAGCUGCUGGCUUCUUUCACCGGCCCCGAGCUGGCAGCCCUGAUCGAGGAGCGCUGCUUCAUCGGUUCGGCAGAGAAUUUCAGCCGCGAGCUCGAGAGACAGGUGGCCAGCUUUCCGGGCAUCAUGCGCGAGGGCAUCGUGUGCCUCAACUGGAUCAGGGGACUGUUCCUGAUUGUGAAAGUUGUUGAGGAUCGGCACCGCGGGGUAGUCAUGCUGAAGGUCAGUGACGAAGAGGAGCUUGCCAUGUUCAUGCAGCAGCUCGAGGCAGACGCCAGGACCGGGGAUGACCCACUACCCCAGCAGCUGUGUUUGGAGUGGAAACGCAUUGUUUUUGACUUGCAGCUGCCUCUCGAAUGGAGAUCCAAUCGUUACAGCUUCAGAAGUAGCAAAGUCUCAAGAAGGGUCGUUGUCAUUUGA